AUGCCUGAGCCUGCGAAGUCUGCUCCUGCUCCCAAGAAGGGCUCUAAGAAGGCGGUGACCAAGGCGCAGAAGAAGGAUGGUAAGAAACGUAAGCGCAGCCGUAAGGAAAGCUACUCCGUCUACGUGUACAAGGUACUGAAGCAAGUCCAUCCCGACACCGGCAUCUCCUCCAAGGCCAUGGGAAUUAUGAAUUCCUUCGUGAACGACAUCUUUGAGCGCAUCGCUGGUGAGGCGUCUCGUUUGGCGCAUUAUAACAAGCGCUCGACCAUCACGUCCCGGGAGAUUCAGACCGCUGUGCGCCUGCUGCUACCUGGGGAACUGGCCAAACACGCCGUGUCGGAAGGCACCAAGGCCGUCACCAAGUACACCAGCUCCAAGUAA